AUGGGGAAUACGUUUUGUGGAGUUAUUGGGUGCAUAGACCAGGCCAGUAUCGGCGUGGUCGAGAAAUGGGGCCGGUUCGACAAGUUGGCUCAGCCGGGGUUCAACCUUUUCAAUCCUUUCGCUGGUGAAUGGCUCGCGGGAGUGAUGUCCACCAGGAUCAGUUCCCUCGAUGUCCGCAUCGAAACCAAAACCAAGAAGGGUGAAGUUGUAAAUCUGUUUGGAGAACUUGAGAAGGUGAUGGGAGCAUAUGGAUAUAGCAUUGAACAUAUACUGAUGGUUGACAUUAUACCUGAUGCUGCUGUGCGCAAAGCAAUGAAUGAGAUCAAUGCAGCUCAAAGACUUAAGCUUGCUAGUGUAUACAAAGGGGAAGCUGAGAAGAUUCUCCAAGUUAAAAGAGCAGAAGCGGAAGCUGAAGCCAAGUACCUUGGUGGAGUAGGAGUGGCGAGACAACGACAGGCAAUUACAGAUGGUUUGAGAGAGAACAUCUUGAACUUCUCUCACAAGGUGGAAGGCGCCUCAGCUAAGGAAGUGAUGGAUCUCAUCAUGGUCACUCAGUAUUUCGACACAAUUAAGGACCUUGGAAACUCAUCAAAGAACACCACUGUUUUUAUACCCCAUGGUCCUGGCCAUGUUAGGGAUAUCACAGAGCAGAUACGCAAUGGGAUGAUGGAGGGUGCCUGUGCUGAAAUAAAAAUCGAGUGAUUUUGGCCCCUGAGCAGUUAUUGUCCAACAUUGCUGCCCUGGGUAAAGUUCUAUCUUUUAAUUUAGAGAGGCUGGGUAAAAUAGAUGGCGUUCAAACUAGUUAAUACAGUUACAUUACAUCAUAUAGUAUAGUGCGUAAUGGCGUCCAUAUUACUGUAUAGUCUCUGAGGUUGUGUAAACAAUAUUUUCAUGUUUUGUUUGAUCAUCAUUUGAAUGGAUAAUUUCUGUUAUUUUGUUUUCAAGGCUGUAUAAGCUCUGGAAACAAGUAUUGCUAAUAAUUUUGAAAACCGAUGAUUAAUAUGA